AUGGCUGACAUUUUUAGGAUUGCAAUACUGAGCGAAGGCUACAAGUGCUUGACUGUUUCACCUGUAGCCCUAGGGUCAAAUGGAGGAUGGCUCUCGAAGUGUGGUCAAGGUGUGAAAGCCAGCGAGUGCGGCACUCCCCAGUCAGGAUGGAGACCGAGAAGGAGCAUUAUAUUUGCAAGCUGGGACGCAGAGAAGUUUGGUCUGCUGGGAUCUACAGAAUGGGCAGAGGACAAUGCCAGGCUGCUGCAGCAGAGAGCUGUGGCUUACAUCAACGCAGACUCUGCCAUAGAGGGGAUGUACACACUGAGAGUCGACUGCACUCCGUCACUGCACACUUUGGUCUAUGACCUCACCAAGCAGAUAGCCAGUCCAGAGGAAGGAGAGGAAGGAAUUUCUUUGUAUGAGAGCUGGCACAAAAGGGACAACUGGACUAAUGGCCGCGACGCUCCAAGGAUCAAUAAACUCGGGUCUGGAAGCGACUUUGAGGCCUAUUUUAUCCGACUGGGAAUUGCUGCAGGCAGAGCCAGAUACACAAAAGACAAGAAAACUGAGCGCUACAGCAGCUAUCCGGUCUACCACAGUGUGUACGAAACCUUUGAGAUUGUGGAACAGUUUUAUGACCCGUCCUUCAGGAGGCUGCGGGCGGUGGCUCAGGUGAGAGGAGGACUCACCGUCCUAUUGGCCAAUUCCCAGCUGCUUCCGCUUGAUGCUAACGAGUAUGCAGAUGCACUGGGUAAGUACGCCCAGAGCAUCGCGCAGCUGGCUGCGAAGAACCCAGAUGAAAUGGUAAUGUACGAGGUGUCAUUUGGUAAGUUGUGUCGGUGGUGUCACAAACCGUGUGAAAAAACAAGUCUAAUAAAAUCUGGGAACUUUACUUUGCAGAUUCCCUGUUUUCUGCAGUACAGAACUUCACUGUUGCAGCCAGAGAUUUCCAUGAACGUCUGAAAAGCCUCAACAGGGACGAGUAAGACAGUUCAAACUCUUACGGGGCUGAACAAGUUUGAUCUGUUUCCAUCACAUAUUCAAUUGAAAGUGUGAUAAGAAUUAGUGAUUGGACAUAUGAAAGCCAUUUAAAGAUAUGUGGUGGGUGUCCUUCAGUCCUCUGCAGGUGCGGCUUGUGAACGAUCAGCUCAUGUACCUUGAAAGAGCCUUUAUUGACCCACUUGGUUUACCUGGCAGACCCUUUUACAGGUUAGUCUUACAUGCAGGCAGACAUACAGGUUUCUUAAAGUCUAAAUCAAUCUUUUUAAAGAGUUAAAAUUUUUGACCAAAAACCAUUAAUAUUAUUGGCUGUAACAUCUGUUGGAAGGUAAAUAUGUGGGACAGACCUGUGGAUCAUCAGAAGACUAAACAUCAAGAUACCAAACACUUGGAGAAGCCCACAGUAAAGCCUUUUAGAACUACCUUCACACCACACUCGACAAUGCACAUUCAAGAGACCACUUUGAAUUAAAAGUCUAUGCAAACGUACGUAUACGCCUGCUUUGGGCUUCUGCGUUCAAAACUCUUACGUUCAUGCGUAGCUACUGAGCUAAGUUUCGGCGACCAUUUUCAGGCUU